AUGUUAGCACGAACAAGUAAAAAAAUCAAGUAUCUUAAUUUUGUUGGAUUCACUAUUAGAGGAUUAGAUCAAAUACUAGAAGAAUUUCCUCACAAAAACACUACUAUUACUUCCUUAAUUCUUUUUAAUGUUGAGCUUAGUUUUAAAGCUAUAAAA